CAGGCGCAGCCAAUCUCUGUCCUCAUGACGCCACUGAGGCUGGGCUCAGAUGUCUUCGAUCCUCAGAUUUAACAGACCCACCCUGGAUGGGAGCUUUUUGGAGGUGAGGACAAAAGCAGCGUGGAAGGAAGGAGGAACGGAACCAAAUCACGACCAGGACCCAAACACCUGCCGGAGCAGCUCUCAGACUCAUCCGGAAGAACAAGAACAAGAAGUGGGGCAGCAUCCGAGCAUCUUUCCAUUGACCUGCACGGUUUAUGGGGGAAUUUUGUUUUAAAUUAUAUUUCUCCUUUUGGUCACGCAUUCAUCCUGAAUCGGAGAGCUUUAAUCCCCUGCUUGUUUUUUUAUAUUAUUUAUUAUUUAAUUUCAAUUUUAAAGACGUUUGACUCUGCGCCGGAAGGUUUCGAUGCGUUUAACGGGACUCAUCUGUCUUUCUGGUUCACUUCAUCAAACAUUCACCCAGUCUUCAGUCCUCCUGACACCCUGUCCUGGUCCAAGAACGGGUUCAGGUUUUCCUAACAAUGCGCUCACCUGUCUGGGACUAUUGUUGUGUACACACAGACUGUCAAACAUGACGGAGUUUUUACUAUAAAGCUGCGGCUCUUUUUGCCUUUUUUUAAAAGCAACAAUUGGACAUCAGUGUCAGAAGCUUGUUUGUUUUUUGUUUUUUUAAGGAAUAAACAAACAAUUAUGAUAUUGCUCCGCAAAUUCCGAGUGUUGAUCCUCACGGUGUUUUUGGUCGCGUGCACUUUGCACAUCAUGAUAGACCUGCUGCCCAAGCUGGAGAAGAGAGCCGCCGGGGCGGACAGCGGCUGUCAGUGCGCGCAGCACCCGGCCGGAGAGGCGCAGGGCUGGGGGAAGCCGCGCGCAGAYGCCGGCUGGCCUAACCAGAUGCACGCGCUCAGACUCCUGCAGGAUUUCAGCAACGAGCCGAACUCCAACCUCACGUCCCGCUCGCUGGAGAAAAUCUCAGCCAACCCGGCGGCCACCACCAGGGACGAGGCGGCGGACCCCCACGGGCGGACGAGCCCCUCAUCCGCGGCGGGCGGCUGGAAGGAGCACAGGGCGCUGAUCGGGAACGGGAGCGGGGCUCGGGCCGCCUCGGCCCCCACUGUCUCCCGGCUGGCCGCUCUSUUUGAGCAUCCUUUAUUCAAGGUUGACCUUCCUCCCCUCACGGAUGAUGAUACUUUAUUUAAUGUCAAAAAUGACAUCAGGUUUUACCCCAAAACAACAGGGAACCCGGCAUGGCACAACGAGGAUGGCAACGAAGAAGAGGAAGAGUUCCCUCCGACCACAGAGGUGACAGCCGAGUCCUACCCCAACUGGCUGCGCUUCCACAUCGGGAUCAACCGCUACGAGCUGUACCCCAGACACAGUCCYGUGCUGGAAGCCCUGCUGAAGGACCUGGUCACGCAGAGGAUCAGCAGCGUGGCCAUGAAAUCAGGAGGCACCCAGCUGAAGCUGAUCAUGACCUUCCAGAAYUACGGACAAGCCCUGUUCAAACCAAUGAAACAGACCCGGGAACAGGAGACUCCUCCAGACUUCUUCUACUUCUCAGACUUUGAAAGACACAACGCUGAGAUUGCUGCUUUUCACCUGGACAGGAUUCUUGACUUUCGGAGAGUCCCCCCGGUGGCAGGACGACUUGUCAACAUGACCAGCGAGAUUCGAGACGUGACACGAGACAAGAAGCUGUGGAGGACCUUCUUCAUCUCACCAGCCAAUAACGUCUGCUUCUACGGCGAAUGCUCCUACUACUGCUCCACUGAGCAUGCUCUGUGCGGUAAACCGGACCAGAUUGAGGGCUCGCUCGCAGCCUUUCUGCCGGACCUGAACCUGGCUAAACGGAAGACCUGGAGGAACCCCUGGAGACGCUCCUAUCAUAAAAGGAAAAAAGCAGAGUGGGAAGUGGAUCCAGAUUACUGCGAUGAGGUGAAGCAGACGCCUCCGUACGACCGUGGCUCUCGACUGCUGGACGUCAUGGACAUGACYAUCUUUGACUUCCUAAUGGGUAACAUGGACCGCCAUCAUUAUGAAACAUUUGAGAAGUUUGGAAACGACACCUUCAUCAUUCACCUUGAUAACGGGAGAGGGUUUGGAAAACACUCACAUGAUGAGYUGUCCAUCCUGGUGCCUCUCAGCCAGUGCUGCAGGGUGAGGAAGUCCACGUACCUACGCCUCCAGCUUCUUGCCAAAGAGGAGCACCAGCUGAGCUCCCUGAUGGAGGAGUCUCUGCUGCGUGACCGCCUGUCCCCGGUCCUCAUCCAGCCUCACCUACGCGCCAUGGACCGCCGGCUGCAGCUGGUCCUGCAGGUGGUGGCGGGCUGCGUGGAGAAGGAGGGCUACGUUAACGUGGUGGAGGAAGACCUGCUCGGGGACACGGCCACUCACAGGGGCCCUGGCCCCAGGUAGUGAGGGCGACACUUCAGGGCGACGACACUGAAACAUGGACCACACGCCUGUGGCUGUUGGACCUGUAAGGGUUAGACCGAGAACAGUCUGAUAUCAAGCUGAAUUCAGUGAAUUCCAAGACUGCCAUCGUUGCCUCCACAGGAACUGCUUUAAACUGUGUUUAUAUAAAACUAAAURAGAACAGAUCGCUAAUUCCACCAGAGACUGUGUUUACACAGAGAGGAUCGAUAUUYGUCAGGUACAGCUAUAUUUUUCUUUUAUCUGUAGGAGACAUAAAGAACGUUCUGCUGGGUUUGUUUUGUUUUAUUAUAAGAAUCAUAACCAAAUGCGAACGCUGACUGAGCAGCGUCUGGUCAAACAAUAAGCUUUAUUAAUCCUCACAUUGUUUCAAACAACUGGAAAUGUUUCUGUUCCUGUCUGUUAGACACAUUGUGUUCUCUGAAUGUUGCAACAAUCAGGUCGCAUCUGAAAAUAACCAGGAGAAAAUGCUGUAAAGAAAACAUGGGUCCUCCUUUU